UAAGGUAAUGUACCCCAGAUCACGGGACAGAGAGGGGUAGGUGCGUUCCAAAUUGCGUGCUGUAGCCUGUAGCUGAAUGAGGGGGGAUCAGUGCGGAUAUUUACAGUUUACAUUAACUCUCCUCGUCAUACCUUUUUAUGAUAUUUCUGCACUAUUAUUUAUUCUUGGCUUCACUUAUCGCAGCACCGUAUUCAAAAGGGAUCAAUAUUUGAGGAAACUUUUGCGCGAUUUAAAAUGUCACUUCCGAAGAUCCGGCUCGCCACAGCAUCUCCAGGGACGCUGGCGACAACCAAGGAAACCCUUCUGCAGCUACAAGAGGUAGCUACUCGUGCAGCUGCUAACAAGGCUGACAUUUUGUUGCUUCCAGAAGCUUAUCUCGGCGGUUACCCCCGCGGGUUAGAUUUCGGGUGCAAAAUUGGCUUUCGAACUGACGAGGGUCGGAACGACUUUUUGCGCUAUUUUAAGGGUGCCAUCGAUUUAGGAGAUACGGUUGGAGAUGGAGCUGGAGCUGGUGAGGCAUGGGUAAAGCGAGAGUUGGGGGCUGACGCGACUGAGGUUAGGGAUGGACGAUCAUCGGUGAGCAGGGGUGAUGGGACCAGGGAGGAGCUUGAACGAAUCGCGAGGGACACAGGGGUUUUUAUCGUCGUCGGGCUCGUAGAGAAGGCUGGCGGUAGUUUGUAUUGCUCUGCUGUCUACGUUUGCCCAAAGCUGGGAGUCAUUGGGAAGAGAAGAAAGGUCCAACCACCUUACACAUAUAUUGAGCUGUGUAGAAACCCUUCAUUAAAGACAGGCUCGGAACGACUUAUCUGGGCGGCAGGUUCGCCGACGACUCUCAAAGCAGUAAGCACUACGAUCCGCGGCGUCCGUAUCAACCUCGCAGCUGCGAUCUGCUGGGAGAAUUAUAUGCCGCUCCUGCGACAGAGUCUCUACGCGCAAAACGUGAACCUGUAUCUUGCGCCUACAGCUGACAAUCGAGAUGCAUGGCUGGGACUGAUGCGCACCGUUGCCCUCGAGGGCCGCUGUUUCGUCGUCAGCUCAAAUAUGUGCGUACCUGAUGGCCCCGCUAUUGAUUCUUCCGCACAUGGAACGGCAACAAACGGUAUCUCUACGGGCAGGAGGGGUUCCGUGAUCGACGAGGACGGAAAUGAGAUCGUUCUUCCCGACGGAGAAAAACCGGUUUCCUCCUCUGCCGCGGUUGAAAAGGCAGAGAUUGCACCAGUAAAGACCACCAGUGGCACUAGAACCUUCCUCUCGCGCGGUGGGUCAAGCAUCAUUUCUCCAUUUGGCGACGUUAUUGCUGGACCGCAGUGGGAAGACGAGAAGGGCAUUAUUUACGCGGACGUCGAUUUCGAUGAUUGCAUUCGCGGAAGACUCGAUUUGGAUGCCGCGGGGAGUUAUUCGAGGAACGACUCUUUCAAGUUCUACGUCGACGGAUUAGAUCUCGAUCCUCUGCCUUACUGAUCUUCCUCAUUAUCUCUCUUACCUUCUAUCCACCUUACUCUAAUCUCUUUCGAUUCCUAUCAAUUUCCGUCUUCCAACCCUCUAGCGACGACCUGUCUGAACAUAGCAAGUAGGCGGGAAUUGGUAGAUUAUUUAUAUACCUAACAUACUCGAGUAUCUACCUAGCUUAGCUCAACCGUAUAGAUUUCGGAGGAUUUGUAUAUACUCAUGUGUCUCCUGUUCAUAGGACUUACUUUACUAUUCGUUCGUUGAGGUCCAGUUUUACAUUUAAUUUACUUCACUCUUAGAUAUAGAGAUCCUUCUAGGACGAGUCACAAUCAAAUUCAGACACAAACUCAGCGUAACCCAAAAUCG